UUUUUUUAACUUGUAAACCUUUCACUCGAGUUGGAUUUGUUUUGCCUUCCAUGGACUCGUCAGAAAAGUGGGGGAUAGAGUCUGACCAAUCUAGUGCUAAGGUGAUAUUCCCAUUCGUCUUCAUCAAGUAGAGACCGACGGCAAGCUCCCCAACUUACUCGAAGUCUGCCUAACUUAAGAGUAGGCAUACACCUCUAACAGUACUCCGCUUGAUCGGUAUCUGCAUGCAUCAUUGAGCCCAUUUUGAAACUUAUCAGUCCACUUCUUAUGUUAGGAUCUUUAUAAGUUGAGAACCUACGUAUUUGUCCACUCACAUCAGUUAACCCGAAUUGAGGGAGCUUCAUUUUUCAUUUUUCACUUGCGAAGAACCAGACAGCGAUUUGGCAACAAAUAUGAGGAAGAAGAAGGUUUUGGUUGUGGGCGGCACAGGUUACUUAGGUCAGCAUCUUCUAUCAGGACUUUCCGAGAUCGAUGGAGUUCCAUAUGAUAUCGCGUUCACUUAUCACUCCUUUGCGCCUGAAGAUUUGUUGGGAGCUCUUCCUCAUCUACUUGCAUUUCAAGUUGAUUUAAAAUCUGGUCAAGGAUUCGAUACCGUUGCUGAGAAUUUUGGCCAGCCAGAUAUUGUUGUUAAUUGUGCUGCUAUCUCUGUCCCCCGUGCCUGCGAAAUAGACCCUGUUUCUGCAUUUUCUGUCAACGUGCCUACCGCCCUUGGAACUUGGCUUCUCAGUUUUGAAGGGAGGAAUACCCUAUUCAUCCAUCUAUCAACUGAUCAAGUUUAUGAAGGCGUGAAAUCAUUCUAUAAUGAAGAAAAUGAAACCAUUCCUGUGAAUGUUUAUGGCAAGUCAAAGCUAGCAGCUGAACAGUAUGUUUCUGAGAAAUUUUCUAACUUUGCAAUCUUGAGAUCCAGUAUCAUUUUUGGUCCUCAGACCAUCUCACCUGUUCCUAAAUCUCUUCCUGUUCAGUGGAUUGAUGCUACCUUGUCUGAAGGAAGGGAAGUUGAAUUCUUUCAUGAUGAGUUUCGAUGUCCUGUGUAUGUCAAGGAUGUCGUGAAUGUCAUCAUAACAUUGAUUAAGACAUGGAUAUCAGAGGGCAAGCAAAUGCAAUUGCUGUUAAAUGUUGGUGGACCAAAUCGUGUAUCACGUGUUGAAAUGGCUGAGACUGUUGCAGAAAUUAGAGGGCACAAGAAAUCAUUGAUCAAAAGAGUGUCUGCAUCAUCAAUCGAUCGAGGCGUAAAAUCCCCAGCAGACAUUUCAAUGAACAUUGAUAAACUGGUCCAGAUACUUGCCAUGUUUCCUGUUUCAUUCACCGACGGUGUCAGAUUGACACUCGCAGCCGAGAUUACAGAGUGAUGCAUUGGACACUGUAAUGACUCUUCACUGCUGCUUUAUCUUUUAAGGCUCAAUGACUCAAAUUUGGUUAUUAUGGUCUGCAAACUGCCUCAAAUUGCUGCAAAUUUAUUUCCUUUUCUCGGUUUUAUAUAAUGGUUUGCAUCUUUUUUUGUUUUCUAAUCAUCAACUAUUAUUUCGUUUUCCUUUUCUUGGAACUUGAAUUUAUGUUCUUCACCAUUAUCAUCUUAGAAUUUUUUUUUUUGAAAGCCAAAGCCCUCUAUUUAGUAAUUAUUUGGUUGUUUAUUUUU